AUGGCCACAAACGUAUCCACUAACAACAACAACCCUGCCGGGUCAAGGAAUGACAAGGAAACAAUCCUAGCUCAGGCCGGUCACACAGUGGCUUUACUCAAAGCACUCUCCCACGACCCAUCGUUCGACCAGAACUACAACGCCAUUCCAGCCUCCGCGAGUGGUUACGUGUACCUUCUUGACUUCGUGACCAGGACGUGGCGCGAAUACUGGCCUGCGAUUCUAUCGCCGCAACAGUAUUGGGACCUCUCUUUGGAACUGGAGGACUUCCACGGUCUUGAGCGGGAUUGGCACGCAGCGGACACGGCUAAGAGAUUAGAAGAAAUGAAGAGCAAGGACCCAAGUUAUGACAAGGAUGCGUGGCCGUCAAUGGAUGAGGAGAAGUAUAGUGAUUGCAUCACUCGGAAUAUCAUGGCUGCAAAUAUUCCGUUAACUCCGGUCCAGCAGGACAUGAUGGGCGGUCGGUAUCAGUAUACUGAGGAGCUGAAAACAGUGUGCAGGACAAUAGUCAACCAGUAA